AAAAAAAAAAAAAAAAGAAUUUCGGUGUUCAGAUCAUUUCUAACAUGAUGCAGGUUUAUGGAAUUACCUUGAUCCGCAGGAUGGAGAUAUGCAAUUCAACACCACAUCCCUGGAGUCACUCCAAAGCGAUGAGCAGCGCCGUGUGCUCGACGCCAUUGCUCAGAUGCGAAAGUGCGGUUUAGAAGAUGUCCUUUCUAUCCCGCAGAUUGUUGUGUGCGGGGACCAAUCUGCUGGCAAAAGCUCGGUUUUAGAAGCCAUCACAGAGAUACCUUUUCCAAGGAACGACAACCUCUGUACACGGUUUGCGACCGAGAUAAUCUUGCGACGUGCAGAGGUCGAAUCAAUCACAAUCAAGGUGAUCCCAGACAUCACACGCACAGAAAAGGAUAAAGAGUCCAUCAGAGCCUUUCAAGCGUCCAUUACAAACUUUGAAGAGCUCCCUAAAAUCAUGGAUAAGGCCAUGUCCGUGAUGGGGAUCGACGAAGAUGGCCAUGCAGGACAAGCGUUUUCCAGGGAUACGCUCAGCGUCGAGAUAGAAGGGCCGUCGAGGCCCCAGUUGAUCCUGGUCGACCUUCCUGGCUUGAUCCAAAACGAGAGCAAAGGGGUCACUGCAACCGAUAUUGCACUUGUGGCGGAGAUCACAGAUCGAUAUAUCUCUCAACCUCGGACGGUUUGUUUGGCAGUAAUCUCCGCUACGAACGACUACGCGAACCAAGGCAUCCUCUCGAAAGUAAGGAACGUCGAUCCGCAAGGAGACCGUACGCUUGGGAUUAUUACAAAGCCUGAUCGACUUCCUGCUGGCUCUGGGAGCGAGAGUGCCUUUAUAGGCUUGGCGCUUAAUCAUGACAUUUCCCUCGGCUUAGGCUGGCAUGUUCUGAAGAACCGCAGCUAUGAGGAGCGAUCCUAUUCAUUUACAGAACGCAAAGCAUCCGAGGCAUUGUUCUUUGCGAAUUCAAACUGGAGCCAUUUGCCUAAAGACUGCAUCGGUGUCGAGUCGUUAGUGGAACGUUUGAGCGCGUUGCUGUUCGAGCAUGUUAAGCGACAGCUUCCAGAUGUGCAGGCCGACGUCAGCAACAAGUUCUCUGAGACUCAAGAACAGUUGAAAAUCAUGGGAAAGCGGCGAGCAACCCCUCAGGAGUGUAGGGACUAUCUGAUGCAGCUUUCUCUCGACGUCUUUCUGGUCUGUAAAGCUGCUGUGGAUGGCCAUUAUGAGGGAGAUUACUUCAACCGUGGCAUGGACCAGGCCUUUCAUGCGAGUUCACCGAGUGACCUCCACAGGCUACGUGCCAUGGUCCAGUCCGUGAACGCCAAGUUCACCACAACUAUCCGUACAAAAGGUCACACAUAUUACUUUGCAAAACCAGGUGAGGAAGACUCAAUCGACCCCUCUCUUGCCGCUCUUCAGCUAGCAGCCACGACUUUCCCCACAAAGUCCCCAAAAGUUCUGCAACGCUCACAGGCUAUCGCAUGGGUGGGUCGUGUCUUGACUCAAAAUCGCGGACGGGAACUCCAAGGCAAUUUCAACCCCCUCAUUGUGGGUGAGCUGUUCUGGCAACAAUCAAGCAAGUGGGAACACCUUGCAGCAGAACAUGUAAAAGAGGUCGCAGCAAUGUGCUCUAACUUCCUCCAUAAGUUGCUCCUUGAGAAGUAUCCAAAACACAUUUACUCCCGUCUGUGGACGUCUCACAUACAGGCCGCGCUUGAGACAAAAUACAAAGCUGCAGAGAGAGAACUUAAACUCAUCAUAGAAGACCAGAAGAGCUACCCCAUCAACUACAAUCACUACUACACUGAUACGAUGAGCAAGUAUCGCAAGGAAAGAGAAGGGAAGGCAUUGGCUCAAUGCGUUAAAGCAGCUAUUAUUCGUCGCCGGGUCGCGGAUUGCACUUCGGAUCACAUCUCCACGACCGUUAAUAUUGACAAGGCCGUAAAGGAGUUUACGAGAAUGACUGAUCCUGACAUGGAGAAACGCAGCUGUGAAGAAGCUCUGGACUGCCUUGUUACGAUUUAUAAGGUUUCCCAAAAGACCUUUAUCGCGAACGUUACCACACAAGUCAUCGAACGCCAUCUUUUAAGGGGCCUGGAAAAGAUUUUCUCGCCGGUAGUGGUCAAUGCACUUUCGGAUCAAGCGGUCACGGCUAUUGCAGCAGAGCCUGGAGCUGCUAAAAGACAGAGGGCAUUCUUAGAGGAUCGCAUUGCUAAGUUAGAGGAUGGGCGCAGAAUACUGAGCGGGCUUGAACGGCUAUCCCUGUAA